AUGGGAAAUGUACUUGCGAAUAUCCAGGUAGUACAAAAUGAGCAUCAGCAUUUACAGCAGUAUUUGUCAGAAUUCCGAGAGGAGAUUCGGGGAUUAAGAACAAGACAAGAAAUCCAGGAUCGAGAGCUUUCGGGACGGAUUGCCAGGCUCGAGAAGGCUACGCAAACGCAGCUUGAUAACAUUCCAAUUCAAGUUGCCAAACUGGUCACUGAGAGCGUCAUUAAGAUUACUUCAAGCCAAAAUAUGAACGAAGAGCUGCUUCGUCAGGUCUCUGCACUCCUACAAACCAGCUUGGCGUGGUUCGUACCCACUGUGAACGAGUCGAGAAGGGAGACGAGAUCCCACAGGAAGAGAGCUGGUGAUGGAGUAAAAUCUGCGCCGCCAUUUGUACAGGUUGUACAGACGCUGUAA